UAAACCAAUGUUGUGAUCUGUAUUUGAAGUUGCGCGUUAAAGCUGAAUGCACAUUAGUUUUGAUUUAAUUUUGUGUCAGUUGUGCUUUUUAAGAAGAGAUACUGAUAAAAUAAGUACAUGAGUGUAUAAGGAUUGCAUUAUGUAUGAAGUUGGCUGGAGUAUCUAGUAAAACAACUGGUUUAACGAAUGUUACAAGUGGUUUUAGGAGUGCUACCAGAAUGAUCAAACACCAAAAUUUUUGUGAGGUCAGGGAAAUGAAAAGUUUCUCAGCAACGAACAUGAAAAAUGAUUCACCAGUGAAACUGAUAGUGGAUGUUGAUGCUGGAGUAGAUGAUGCCAUGGCUCUUUUGCUGCUUCUCUCGGCAGAUGUUCAAAAAGACAUAGAAAUCUUGGGCAUUACAUGCUCUCAUGGCAAUACACAUGUCAACAAUGUUUGUAUCAAUGUCCUGCGCUUAUUGGAGGCAGUUGGUAGAUCAGAUAUUCCUGUUUACCGAGGUGCUGAAGGGCCUCUGAUUGUUUGCAAUGACAAGAAUGCAGAAAAGUUUGAAAAUUUCCAUGGUUUGGAUGGAUUUGGUGAUGUGGAAUUUUCACACACUCCAAGUAUGAAGCUGAUUCAGUCAGAGAAUGCAGUCCCUGCACUUAAUCGUAUUGUAUCCGGACCAGACUGCAAAGGGAAGGUGAGACUGGUAUGUCUGGCACCACUUACAAAUAUUGCACUGACCAUGAAGACAUACGCAGAUUUUUCCAGCAACCUCAAGGAUAUAUAUGUGAUGGGAGGAAACUCAACAGAUCUAAAAAGGAAAGCACCAUAUCAUUCUAAUGGAGUGGGUAACAUCACGUCUUCAGGAGAGUUCAACUUCUACAGCGAUCCAGAAGCAGCUCAUAUUGUUCUUACAAGUGCAUGUUGUCCUAUAUACUUGUUGCCAUGGGAAACAUGCCUCACUGUUGAUAUUUCUAUGGAAUGGAGGUUCAGUAUACUGGGAGCCAUCCAGAACUCUCACAUGGAGCUGUUAAAUGCAGUGGAGAAGAAAGUGUGGGAAAAAUCAAGUUAUACGACUUGGAUUUCUUGUGAUGCCAUACUUGCUGCUGCGGUGCUUUAUCCAGAGAUUGUAAUAAAGAGUCAGAAGUGUCAUGCAACAGUUGAACUUCAUGGAACACACACCAGAGGUCAGGUUGUACUUGAUCAUUUGCAGGUUAAGAAGCCAAAUGUGCAUAUCAUUGAAAAAGUGGACACUUCAGCAUUGAAGAAAAUAUUGCUUUGGGCAGCUGAACAUGCUCACUUGGAGCAUGAGAGAAGUAAAAUAUAAAAGAAGAAAAUGCAUCACUUUCUUCAUUGAGCAUGUUUCUCUUUAUGUAUAAAAAUAAAUAAGAAAUAGGGUGGACUGAAUUCAUCUGACUGAGGAUAGUGGUGGGCUUUUGUGAACAUUAUAGAGAAUUUCAUGUUUAGAAAAUGUAAGGAUUUUACUGAAAAUAUGAACAGCUGUUAGGUUCUCAGAAAGGAAUAUGCUGCAUGGGGUUCACAUAUAAAGAACUUUUGCAUAAUUAGGGUUCACAUAUAAAGAACUUUUGCAUAAUUAGGUUGUGAAAAGUGGAAGGUCACUUACACAUAAGGUUUGAGUGCUCAGACAGCCAAUUCUUGUCAGGAAACAUUACGGUCCUUCUGAUCACUUCUGUAUGCAAGGGACAGUUAUACAUUAUAUACAUUUAUACAUUAUAAUUAUAUUUUUAAAUACCUAGAGAUGAGAAAAGUGUAUACAAUUCUAGUCAAAGAACCUGCUUGGGAGAGACAGGCAUAAACAAUAAGCUAAUAUUAAAAUGGAUCUGAGAGAGACAGGAAAUAAUAGUAUGGAUUAGAGUCUUCUGCCUCAUGACAGGGGCCGAUGGUGAGCUCUUCUGAAAUGGUGAUGAAACUUUGGGUCCUUUAAAAGGCAGGGAAUUUCUUGAUCUGUUAGUCAAGAAGGGCAUUACUCCUUGGAGUAUGGUAGUUGAUGAAUUUAUUGGUGCUUGAAUUUUAUAUGAUGUUAUAAUGAAAAUACCAUUAACAGCAUUGCACUGAAAUUAAAAUAUGUUCAUUCUGUUAUUUGAUACACCCUACUCCUGGUUUGUACUAGUAUCACUGAUAUUUAAAUCCUUACAUUAAGUUUCGGUUGUUUGUGGUGGUUAUUCAUGUGUGACAUCUCUUGGACUCAGACACAUCAUUCUUGUGACCUUCAAAACAUGUUUUAUUGCCAUGGCUAGUAUGGAAAUGUAUUUAUUGUCAUCACUGUCCCAGAGUUUUUUAUGGGGCAAAGAAAUUGACCCAGAUUUGAACUUCUGUGAAUAAGAACAAAAUUAACAUUUGUGUUUACAUGUAUCCAUUAUCAUUACUAGUUUCUGCGGUACAGAGGGUAAUAUGAAUAAUAUAUAUGUUAAUGACCA